GCUGCUUGUAGACGGGGUGAAAAGGGGAGGGGGAUGGAGUAGACGAUUGGCGCUGGGCUCCCCCAUGUGAGAAAAUAAUGCUCUGGGCGCUUGAACAAUGUAAAUAGUGAGUUGGGCCACAAUCGUGGCGCCGGGUAUCCUUUCGAUUUUUGUUCAGCUUCUUUAUUCUACCUUACUCAUACGAUUCUGACGCCGUUUUCUCUCUCUCUCUCUCGUUCGGUUGUCUUCCCACCUUGCUUGGCUGUGCCUCUCUAAGAACUUUUCCAACAUCCUUCCAAAUCACCGUCUUCACCGUUGCCCCUCUGCGAGUGGCACCUCGACCUACAACCAAGAUGGCGACCACAACCUCCAACUUCUUUCCUCUGGCGACCGAAACCUACUAUCCAGACUCUCCUGGAGACGCCAGCUCAUCUGGAAAUGGUGUCGAUACCGAGGCAGGAGCCUCUGGUGACAGCCCUGGAGCUGUCAACCUAUCCCGUGAAGCCAUGAUUGCCAUCAUCGUCGUCGUCUCUGUUGUUGGCGCCCUCGGAAUUGGCAUGGCCGUUCUCUUCUACGUUGCCAAGAAGCGAGAGUGGAAGAUCAGAGAGACCAUGCGCAAGUCCGCCAGAAAGGUCGUGACCGCUCUCACGCCGCGAAGGACCGAGUUCCCCAGAUCAGUCAAGGAGUCUUCGUCUCCGCCACGCAGCCAUCGCGGGCGCGCGAGGCUCGACGACGUUCCGCCCACGCCCAGACUCCGCCCGGAAGAUCUCGAAAAGGGCCUCAAGGAGGCAGAGUCGAAGCGCAAGUUGAUGAGGUGGGGCCGGAAGUAGGCGAAUGCGAGAGGAAACUCAGGACAUGGGAGGAAUGACGGCCGCCAACUGGCUUGGUGCUGGUGUAAUGGUUCAUUUGCUGAGGCGGUCGAGACCGGAUGACUGACGAACUUGGAUCUGCGUAGCGUAUAGAGUCCUUUUUCUUGUACCAUUAUUAUGCCCUUUGAAAUUACAUAGCGCUUGUCCUUAAAGUCUUCGGAAUGUGUUUGAGCUGGCGCUUCUUCUUGCGUUGUUCUUGUGGUCGCGCGGCCGGGAAUCGUCGUGCGUGUCCACAGGGCCUCCGUUCUUCUUCUUCCCUUGAGGAACGAAUGUGACCGCCUUUUCGCCGUAGGCAUUUCCACGAUGCGUCUUGCUGAUGCGGCCGGACUUUUGCACCCUGGCGCCCAAAGCGGUGUCGCGCUCCUGGCCCUUUUGGUUGGAAGACGAGAUCUUCAUCUGGUACUCCUGUGUAGCUUUCUUACCCAGACCCUUGGGGCCCUGAUCCACAACAGGCUGGGCAGCAGCACUGACACCAACCUCGUGAGUAUCCUUUGCGGCGACCUUGGUGCUGGGGUUGAGGGCACGGAACUCGUAGGUGGACUCGUCGACGGCGAAGGCGUCGUCCUCGAACAUCUUGGCGAAACGAUCGUCGCCGAGCAGGCCGGCCUUUUCGUUGACAACCUCUCUGUUCUCCUGUUUCUUGAGAAGCUUGUCGGCAAGCUUCUGGUUGACCUUGACCUUCUUGUUGCCUCUG